UUCAAAUGAUGCAUAUUUUACUCUACAAAUACUCCAAUCAAGCUUUUACAAAAUGGUUCUGGGAGCAAACUGACCAGUUGUCAGUCCAUUAUUACACUGUCCAAAUAUAGUCUCCUAUUAAUAGUCUAACCUCAAAGGCCUCCAUGUUUUCUGUCUUGAAUCUCUGCAGAGAGGCUGAGAGGAGAACGUGUGCUCGUCUUGAGUGUUUUUAGACUUCCAGCCUUUUGCAGCAUGGAUGACUUCCAGCAGUCUGAGCAGGACUUCUACCAAUCGGGAUAUUACAUUGAUGACCAGGGCCGUGCUGUGGCUUAUUACGACACUGAUAGUGCACAAAAUGCAAACAAUGUGGACCCUUACAUGGAACAGCAGUACCCUGGAGAGAUCUACCAGCAAACCAUCCAUUCCACUAGAACUGAGUACCUAGAGGAGGAACCUCCACUUCUUGUUGAACUGGGAGUUGAUUUUGAUCAUAUGUGGCAGAAGACCCUCACAGUUCUGAACCCUUUGAAGCCUGCAGAUGGCAGCAUUAUGAACGAGACCGAUCUGACAGGUCCCAUCCUCUUCUCCAUCGCUCUGGGCGUCACUUUAAUGAUGGCAGGUAAAGUUCACUUUGGUUACGUAUAUGGGAUCAGUGCCAUCGCCUGCAUUGGUAUGUACACCCUGCUGAGUCUGAUGAGCCCCCUGGGAGUUUCGUAUGGCUGUGUGGCUAGUGUCCUGGGGUACUGCCUCCUACCUAUAGUGGCCCUAUCUGCGUUUGCUGUUUUCUACUCCUUGCAAGGCAUCCUGGGAAUAGUCCUGGCUCUGAUGGCCAUUUGUUGGUGCAGCUUCUCAGCCUCCAAGAUCUUUAUCUCCACCCUGGCAAUGCAGGAGCAGCAGCUGUUGGUGUUCUACCCUUGUGCUCUGUUGUAUGGACUUUUCACACUGCUCACUGUCUUUUAGCAUCCAGUUGAUCAAAUCCAACUUCUCAUUUCCAU